AUGGCGACAGUCGCUUCUGCUACAGACGCCGCCCAAGAGACUACUGCUGAUACCCAAAACAUCGGGGUUACACUUUACCAGCAUGUCAACUACCGAGGACUCUCAUACGUAGUACCUUCCGUCGGCAGAUGCUGGGCACUUCCAGCGCCCCUUCGCGGAGAAGUGUCUUCGAUAAGAUUCCAGACCAAUGACGUGAGCUGUUCCAUCUACAAGUCCCCCUUCUGCUUCCCCCCCGCGCUUUACGCUGGACUCCGCCAGUCUGUUCCCGACCUGCAUGAUCUUGACCUGGGUGAUGAGGUUCAAGGUGUAUUGUGUGCCGCGAUCAAUAGCAACGACGAAUGA